GUUUGCUAUCUGCUCGUUGGUUGAAAGGUUUUUAAUUCUCUGUUCCUUGAAAGUUCCUUCUUUCGUUCUCUGUUCCUAGAAAGAAAGUUGUUUCUUUCAUUCUCUGUUCCUUGAGAGCCUCUGUGCGAAAGUUGUUCGAUCAGUACCAUGGCAGGUGGUGUAAUCGCUAGUUCCGGCAAUCGGGAGUUACCCGGCAAGCUGACGAAGCAAGUCCUAUUUUGCACGUUCAUAGCAUCGUUCGGUGGCUUCUUGUUUGGUUAUGAUAUUGGAAUUUCAGGGGGAGUAACAUCAAUGGACGAUUUCCUGGAAAAGUUCUUCCCGAAAGUUUACGCCAGGAAGCAUCGGGCAAGGGAGAACAACUACUGCAAAUUUAAUGACGAAUACCUUCAGCUCUUCACGUCCUCACUCUACCUGGCAGCCAUUUUCGCUAGCUUUUUAUCAUCCAUGUUUUCUAGGAAGUAUGGACGAAGAUGGACAAUCGCAGUUUCCUCCCUCUUCUUUCUCGCUGGUGCCUUUCUGAAUUUAGGUGCCAAGAACCUGGGUAUGUUGAUUGCCGGAAGGUUAUUUCUGGGGCUCGGUCUUGGAUGUGCUAACCAGUCAAUACCAGUCUUCAUAUCAGAAAUCUCACCAGCAAAGUACAGAGGAGGACUGAAUAUUGUGUUCCAGUUGUUGAUCACCGUCGGCAUCUUUAUUGCAAAUCUUGUUAAUUAUGGCACUUCAAAAAUAAAAAAUCAUGGUUGGAGGAUUUCUUUGGGUGGUGCUGCUGUGCCAGCUGCGAUACUCUUAGUGGGCUCUUAUUUCAUUGUGGACACCCCCGCAAGUCUCGUAGAGAGAGGGAAGAAGGAGGAAGGUUUAAACACUCUGAAGAAGAUAAGGGAUUCUGAUAAUGUUUCCGAAGAGUUUAACGAAAUCGUUAGAGCCACUGAAGUUGCCAAUAAGAUUAAGCACCCUUUCUUGGAACUAGCCAUGAAGAGGCAUAACUGGCCUCCACUUAUUUCUGCCACGGUUCUUCACUUCUUCCAACAGUUUACAGGGAUGAAUGUCAUCAUGUUUUAUGCUCCGGUGCUGUUUCAAACUAUGGGAUUUGGGGGAGAUGCGGCCUUAAUGUCAGCUAUGAUCACCGGUGCAGUGAAUAUGUUUUCUACCCUUAUUUCUAAUUUCACCGUGGAUGUAGUUGGGAGAAAACGGCUCCUCGUUGCUGGAGCUUUAACUAUGUUGACUGGCCAGUGUGUGGUUGGGGGACUUUUGAAGCAGUACUUAUUAUCUACAAACUCAGUAUCUCAUAUUGUUUCCAUAGUUGUGGUGAUCUUCAUCUGCCUGUUUGUGUUUGCAUAUGCAUGGUCAUGGGGUCCCUUGGGGUGGCUAAUAGCUAGUGAAGUCUUCCCGCUGGAGACUCGAAACGCUGGUUAUUUCUUUGCCGUCGGCAUGAACAUGCUCUGCACCUUCAUUAUUGCUCAAGCAUUCCUGACCAUGCUCUGCAAUAUGCGUGCCUACAUCUUCUUCUUCUUUGCUACCAUUCUUGUCAUCAUGACUUGCGCAGUUAUUGCCAUGCUCCCUGAAACAAAGGGUAUCCCAAUGGAAGAAAUGAUGGACAGAACAUGGAAGGUACACUGGUUUUGGAAGAGGUUUUAUCAGAACGAAGUUGAUGCUGAAGUUCAGCUUGAAAAAGGAAAGCCAGCUGCUUAAAUAUAUAUGUUCUAGCUUUAGUUUUGUUUCUUUUUUGGUUUUUUUUUUUAUUUCAACAUAAACUAUAGUUUAUCUUUUUCGUUGAACUGUA